AAAAAAUGACAAAAUUAUUUUUUAUUUAUUUCAGUAAACCUAUGUGAUUGGUUCUCGUAAACAUGUCGUAGUGGCUAGUGUUCCACCGUGUACAUGAGACACGAGGUGAAACCGCGAUUGGUGAAAACUGGAUGACCAAGGUGGCGCCACGUACAACUACCACUAAAACCGCCAUCUGCUCCUCCUUCCUUAUUUUGAGUUCAAAACACUCGAUUCUUUGGGGAAAACGUAGGUGAAUUCAAACAAUUCGAUGGCGUUUAGGGCAGUAGCAGGUUCUAUCGGAAGGCGACAAUUGACGCCUGCGAAUUUGUAUCUACGGCCAUUUGUGGUUUCUGCUUCAAAUCAUCGUCAUCGAUCCAUCUCUUACCCUCUUUCUCCAACUGGAUUCCGAUUUUCUGUUAGAGCAAUACAAGAGGCAACAACAGAUCCUAUAACUCCAACGAAAGGGGAAAAUGGAGAUCAAAUGCAAUCUCCCCCAAAGUGGAAGGUUAAAAUGCUUUAUGAUGGUGAUUGUCCACUUUGCAUGCGUGAGGUUAACAUUCUAAAGGAAAGGAAUAAGAACUACAACGCAAUCAACUUUGUUGAUAUAAGUUCAGACGAUUAUUCACCAGAGGAUAAUCAAGGCCUAGACUAUGAAACUGCUAUGGGAAAGAUUCAUGCAAUCAUGUCUGAUGGAACUGUAGUCACUAAUGUUGAGGCGUUCAGGAAGUUAUAUGAGGCAGUUGAUCUUGGAUGGGUUUAUGCAAUUACCAAAUACGAGCCUGUGGCAACAAUAGCCGAUGCUGUUUAUGGUGUUUGGGCUAAAUAUCGUCUUCAAGUCACAGGUCGACCACCUUUAGAACAAGUUUUGGAGGCUAGAAAGAAAAAGGAUGAAAUAUGCGAUGACAGCAAGAGUUGUAGGAUGUAAUAAUUGAUGCAAGAUUUCAUGUCCAUAUAUUUUAAAGGCAUGACACAGAGAUGUUGUACUAUAUACAAUAGCAACUUGAUGCAAUAAUAUAUA